AUGGAUCUCGCUCAGCGGCAGCAUCUCCUCCAAACAGCCUUCGUGGUGUUUCCCUCCUUCUUCCUAUUUGGCUAUAAUCAAGUCGUUGUCGGCGCCCUUGUUUCCUUUGAAGCUUUCACCAAGCUGUUCCCUGACCUCGAUACCGUGCACGCAGCUCCCGAGCUAGAAUCUCACCGUUCCGUUAUCCAAGGCAUCUAUGUCUCCUCGUUUACACUUGGCAGCGCCGUUGGUGCUUUAUCCUGCUCGUUUAUAGGGGACCGGUUGGGCCGGCGGAAGACGAUAUGCAUUGGGUCUAUCCUGACCUUGAUUGGGGCAGCCCUGUCCUGUUCUUCCUUUGACCUUCCACAGUUGUUCAUAGCACGCAUUCUAACCGGUAUGGGCGUGGGCAUAUUCUCGACCAUGGUUCCUGUCUGGCAGUCUGAAUCGUCCCAGGCUAUAAACCGCGGUAGACAUGUUGUUAUUGACGGAAUCUUCAUCACUAGCGGCUAUGCCGUGUGCUACUGGAUCAAUUUUGGGUUCUCUAGGAUUCAACAGCAUGAUGUGUCCUGGAGGGUCCCGCUGGCCAUUCCUGGGGUGCUUUCUAUCAUCCUAUGCGGCGCCAUCUUCUUCUUCCCUGAAUCUCCCCGCUGGCUCGUCAAGGUCGGCAAAGUUGAGCAAGCUAGCUCGGAGCUAGCUCGAAUUAAACGAGUGGAUAAGAAUGCUGGGGAAAUUACUCGUGAGAUCACCGCUAUCGAAGUUUCCCUCGAGAGUACCGCAUCCAACGCCUCUUCCGUCCGAGACAUCUUCACCAUGAAAGACGGAAAGCUCUUCUACCGCUGCAUGCUCUGUAUAGGACUGCAGUUCUGGAUUCAGAUGACUGGUGCCCAGGUCAUUUCCACCUAUGUUACCACCCUAGUCCAACAAAACCUGAAUCUAUCCGAUUCAAUUACCCGUAUCAUAGCCGCCUGCGCCAUGACAUGGAAGUUCCUGGCCUCCUUCAUCUCUCUGUUCACGAUAGACCGGUUCGGACGUCGAAUCCUCUUCCUAAUCUGCGGAUUCGGAGUCACAACAUGCAUGACUUGCAUGGCCAUCACGUCCAGCUUCUCCAGCAGCAACAAGAGCGCUGCAAUCGCCAGCUCGUUCUUCAUCUUCCUCUUCAACCUCUUCUUCCCGAUUGGCUUCCUCGGUCCGAGCUUCUUAUACUGCACAGAGGUUGCGUCGAGUAGGCUGCGUGUUGCAAUGACUUCGAUAUCAACUUCUAAUCACUGGUUAUGGAACUUCCUCGUGCAAAUGGUUACGCCCAUUGCACUGUCUACAAUCGGGUAUCAGUAUUACAUCGUGUAUGCAGUUAUAGGCCUUACCUAUAUUGUAUCGGUGUACUUCCUGUACCCGGAGACUAUGGGUCAGAGUCUGGAGAAACUGGAGGAUCUGUUCCAACAGGAUGUGUCGAUAUUGGACACGGUCAAGAUCGCUAAUAAACUUACCAAACUUCCUGCCGAUGAGGAAGUGCAGCCGGAGGACUUGAAGGGGAAGAUUGAGCAGAUUGAAUAG